UAUGGACUGACAUACCUACGGAGACCUACAUCUAUGGAUCUUGAACGAAUACACGAUGUGCAUGAGCAGCUUCAUGAUUUCCCUGGUAUGAUCGGUAGUAUUGAUUGCAUGCACUGGCCAUGGGAGAUGUGUCCAACCGCAUGGCGCGGUUCGCACACCAGAGGGGAUGUUGGUAGACCAUCAUUGAUGCUUCAAGCGGUUGCGUCUACUGACUUGUGGAUUUGGAAUGCAUAUUUUGGUCAGCAGGGGUCCAACAAUGACAUCAACGUGUUUGAGGCGUCCCCAGUCUUGGAAGAAAUUAUAUCUGGCUUGGCACCUACAGUGGGUUUUUAUGCAAACAACAACUACUACAAAGCCGGAUACUACUUGACAGAUGACAUCUACCCUGAGUAUUCCACUUUUGUGAAGACUUUUACUGACCAGAUUGAUGAAAAGAGAAAAUACUUUAAGAAAAAACAAGAAUCGGCGCGAAAGAAUAUCGAGAGAGCAUUCGGGGUUCUUAAAAAGCGUUGGAAAGUUAUUAGUUUUCCCUCACAGUUUUGGGACAAGCAGAUGAUGCAUGACGUGAUAUACGCGUGUAUCACUCUACACAACAUGAUAUUGGAGGAUGAAGAUAAAGCUUUUUGUCAAGAUUUCAACGAUGAAGACCCGACACUAGACCCGGCGUAUUGGGAACAACAAACUCCAAUGGAGCAAUGGAUCGCGAAUUCACAAGCCGUACGAAAUAGCCAAACCCACAACAUGCUCUUAGCGGAUUUGGUAGAUCAUCUUUGGGAAAACAAGAGGGGAAAUCAUCCACCAUACGUGCUACUGGAAGUCGAUAACUACUUUAGCGAUGAUAAUUAGUUAUUAGUUAUUUAUUUGUGUUUGUGUAUCGAAUAAUUUUUUUUUUAUGUGUUUGA